GGAAAAGGGUUCUUUCUGCGCAGGCGUCGUGGGCCCGAGGGCGGGGCCUGGCUGCGCCGCGGUGCGCAGGCGCAGCCGUCGGUGGGUCGGGGCUUCGGUCGACUGAAAGAUCCUGAGCAGUGUCACCUCACCAGCCUGGAGAUGGACAACAGGAAGCGCUUGGCCUAUGCCAUCAUUCAGUUCCUGCACAGCCAGCUGCGGCACGGCGGCCUCUCACCUGACGCCCAGGAGAGCCUGGAGGUUGCCAUCCAGUGUCUGGAGACAGCCUUCGGGGUGACACUGGAGGACAGUGACCUCGCUCUACCCCAGACCCUGCCAGAGAUAUUUGAAGCAGCUGCUGUCAGCAAGCAGGAGACACCACAGGAAUCAAGGGACCCUGACAGGAUGCCACCUUCUGAGGAGGACUCGGCCGAGGCAGAGCGCCUCAAAACUGAAGGCAACGAGCAGAUGAAGCUGGAGAACUUCGAGGCGGCCGUGCAGCUCUACGGCAAGGCCAUCGAGCUCAACCCGGCCAACGCGGUCUACUUCUGUAACAGAGCCGCGGCCUACAGCAAGCUGGGCAACUACGUGGGGGCUGUGCAGGACUGUGAACGCGCCAUCGGCAUCGACCCAGGCUACAGCAAGGCCUACGGCCGCAUGGGCCUUGCGCUCUCCAGCCUGAACAAACACGCAGAGGCCGUGGCUUACUACAAGAAGGCCCUGGAGCUGGACCCUGACAACGAGACGUACAAGUCCAACCUCAAGAUCGCAGAGCUCAAGCUGCGGGAGGCACCGAGCCCCACGGGAGGCGUGGGCAGCUUGGACAUCGCCGGCCUGCUGAACAACCCCCACUUCAUCACCAUGGCUUCCAGCUUAAUGAACAGUCCCCAGCUGCAGCAGCUGAUGUCCGGCAUGAUUUCUGGCGGCCACAACCCUUUGGGCACCCCAGGCAGCAGUCCACCACAGAGUGACCUGGCCAGCCUCAUUCAGGCGGGUCAGCAGUUUGCACAGCAGAUGCAGCAGCAGAACCCAGAGUUCGUGGAGCAGAUCCGCAGCCAGGUCGUGCGCAGCCGGACGCCCAGCGCCAGCCACGAGGAGCAGCAAGAGUGACGGUGACCUGCCCACGGCAGGCCAUGUGGGAAUCCGGCUGCCCCACGUGUGAGCCGUCGUUCUGCCGCCUCCUGGUGUUUUAGCGUUUUCUCGUCAGGCCGCCCAAGAGAGAGAAGCUGGACCUGCAUGUUAAGAUGGACUCGUUCUGCCCGUGUUUCUCUUCAUCCCCUCCCACCUCUGUUUUUGUAUUAUUAACCAGCCCUACACCUUCCUGGAACAGAGUCAGUCAGAGGACUACACACCAGCACCCAUCCCUCCAGCCACCUCAGCAAGCUGAAGGGGAGGGCUGGGGCGUGCUGAGCCAUGGGGUGAUAGUGUGGGCCCUGGGGUCUCAGGCCCCCACCCUGUCUGCUUCCUCCUGAGGGCACCUGAGUAGCUGACUCAGCCUGGGUAGGUGGCUCACAUAGCCCCUGGGAAGCGUCCACUGCCAGCCCCAGCUGGGCGCCAGCACCCCACGCCCACAUUUGGGUUGCAGGUUCCAGUGGGUACCCCUGCCUGCCUUAUCCCAGUGGCCUGUGCCACGUCGGACCUAGGCCUGUGACUUCUGCUCAGUGUAUGGACCAUCUGUGUCUCCUCUCCCCGGCUUCCCCUCCCGUCUUCACAGCCAUCGGCCAGUCCAUCCUCAGCCCGGGCAGAAGACAUCUUCACCUGUCCACCUUCUGUCCUCAAGCUCAUGAGAAUUCAGUGUCUCUGGUAUUGGCAAGCAGUUUUGGGGU